UGUUGUUAUGGACUUGGGCAUUGUGAAAAACUCUCCGGGGGCAGAGAAAACAUUGACUCAUAAACUUCAGUCAGAGUGGCCUGGUUGGCUUCCAGUCUUCACAGAUGCCUCAAAAUUUUCAGAUAAGAGCAAUGUUGGUCUAGCUGUCUGGCUUCCUAAAUACAAAAUUACCCUCAAUUUCAAACUCCCCCCUGAAUCCUCGGUCUUCACGGGCGAGGCUACCGCUAUUCUUGAGGCACUUCUCUACACUGAGUCUCACAAACUAAAUAAAACUAUUAUCCUAUCAGACUCUUCAAGUUGCUUACAUUCUAUUAUUUCAUUCCCAUUUAAAUCUAAAUCUAAAUUUCCUAUCAUUCUUCAAAUUAGACAAACUCUCUUCCGUUGCAAGACUCAGGGUAUUGAGGUGGCUAUUGCCUGGAUACCUGGCCACAGUGGCAUCAUUGGUAAUGAGUGUGCAGAUUCCUUCGCUAAGGAUGCCAUUAGCUUGGGCCUGGAUACUCAUUACCAAAAUUUUGCCCACGACCUUGCCUCGCUCGCAGGACCGAGGCUUGAUAAUUCCUGGAAAGAGUCCUGGGACGCAUCCAGGAAUAUUAAAGGUAUUAAUCUUGUAAAUAUCUCUAAAUCACCACCGUAAAGACAGU